UAUACCGCACUCGGUAGACCGGCAACCGGCGUCACGCGUUCCCGUCAGUCAAUCGCUGGUCGUCGGUGGUCGAUGUCGUCUGUUGAUCGUCUUGUUCUUGUAAUUAUUGCACAACACGCGUCGUGUGUGCGGGAUUACGGGUUUUCUUCCCUAGUUAUAUUUUGAUUUCGUUUUGUUUGGACCGUUUGAUUUUGCGUUUUUAUUCCGUGUGUCGAGUGUGUGCGUUUUUUUUUUUGGUCAUGUGAUUCGCGAGUUUGCGACGGUCGAUCGAGGAUAAUCCAUAGUUUUUUCUUCUGUACUUGGUCGUCUCGUAUAAGUCGCCAAAAACCGUUUAGGACAAUAUGCUGGGAGUUUUCAAAAAAAGGUGGAAGCCCAAAAACAGGGUUUCCAAAAGCGGCGAACACGUCGACGAUCUCAUGUUGAACUGCGGCAACGAAUUAUACUCAGAACCGAUCAACGCCUAUGUACUGCCGGACACCCACAUUGACAAAUUGUGUGCAGCCAGACAAUUGUAUCCGGUGCACGACGAUGGUUCGCACUAUUCGGUGACCUACGACACUCUAAAACCGAUUUCGGUGUCUUCGGAUUCGAAAAUUUCCAUCUACAACGGAAAUGUUUGCAGCAAACCGGAAUCAGUGUCGCCACCUAUUGGAGCCGGAAGUCGUUCGGGCAACAAAGCUGCCACCCUUGGCGGCGGUGGUGGCGCGACUACCGCCCCUAACAUAUGCAUCGAGGGCGGUCGGAUCGAAUUCGUCAAGUCUCCGGUAGAUUGCGGCGAAGAGAAACAGGACUAUCUGAAGGAGUACUUGGAAGCGAAGAUCGUACAACUGGAAUCGGAAUUGGUGACCGAGCGCAGAAACGCUCAGCGAGAAAAAACGUUGAACUCCAAACUUCAAAAGCAGCUGGCUCGGCGAGAGUGGUUGCAGAGGGAUGUGGACAGAGAAAGGCGUUUGCGGUUGGACACUGAGGCCAGACUCAAAGGUACCAGUUGCGAGGCGGACCGAUGCCGGGCCAAGUUGUCAUCUUUGCAGAGAGACUUCUCCAAAAUGGAAGAAACCGUACGGACGUUGCUGCAGUACAAAUCCAAGUUCGAACAAUUGAAACAAGACCGUCACUCUGCGGCCAACUCCUACGAAAACCAAAUACUGCAAUUGCAAAACGCCAUCACCAAGUUGAAAAUCGAAAACGAAACGCUAAAGAAACAGAUCAACACGCUCGAGGCCACGGGCAUUAGUCAGGUACAAAAGGCGCUGGUCGAACGCCUGAGGAUACUGGAGCACGAGAAGAGUCGCAUCGAGAGGGAAGGCGAACAGCAGCGCAAACAGUACGAGAGGUGUCUGGACGACGUGGCCAAACAAGUGGUCAAAGCGGUCCUGUCGCAAAAGGGUUUGCGCGAAGAGAUAUCGUCGUUGCAGCACAGAGUCAAAGAGUUGGAAACCGGCAACUGUGCGCUGUCCACUCUUUUGGUGCAGCGUUUAGGGCAAAAAAUCACUUACACACCGGCCGUCAUGCCCGUGGCCGAGACCAGGUCCGUGGUGUUCGAUAUUCAUCGUUCGCCCUCGUUGAAAAUGUCCAUCGAACGGCCGGCCAGCUGUGAUCUUACCAAAGGACUUAAGAAACUCGCCAACGGCGACGUCGGUCGGCAGGCGUUUUCCUAUCACAGACCGCAGUCGUUGAACCUGGAAAUAUCUUGUUCACGCAACGCCGAAGAAUCUUCGAAAUGCGACCGAGUGCUUGGAGACGAGACGCCCGAGAGCGGUAACCGUGACGAAGGGUACUCGACCAUGUCCAGCGACGUGCAAGGCACCACCGAAGCCCCGUCGACCAAAGGUCUGGAGGACGUGAAAGAAGCCAACGAGAACGAAUCCAACGCUCUCAUGGAAUCUUCGCCGUGCUCCAGAGUAACGAACAGCGAAGACACGGACGUGAUAUUUUUGCCGCUCAGCCUGUCGUUCAGCUUCAUCAACCCGCGGCACAGUUACCCGCCGCUGCGCUGUCUAUCGAACGUGCCGAAUGUGCAGCACAUCAUGCGCAGCUACUCGGACUCGCACCUGUUCCUGAAACUGGCCACCGCGGCCAAAGCGUCGGGAACGGCCGCCGCUUUGGCCGACGACGAGGACCGCACGUCGUGGUACAGCGGCGGCGAACUGUGGGACAUGGACUACGUGCAGCACUGGCUGCGGCUGGACGAGACGCGGACGGCCAUACAGCAACGGAUGGAAUACGACGCGGCCGAGCUGGAGGACUGGAGCAUGGAGGACGCGACGGCCGACGGCGGUGGUGGUGCGGGCGGCGCAUGGAAAAAAUUGGCCGCCGACGGUGGUGGCAAACCACAGUCGUUGCCCUGUAUCGAAGAGGACGGCGGUUCGGACGUCGACGGCGACCCUCGCCGGUGGGACGCCGGGGUCGAUGACAACGGCGGUGGUGGUGUCGAUAAGUGUUUGUCCACCAAAGACGUACUGUCGUGGCACCACUUUAGCCGGAACACCGGUUCACCGGGCGGCGAUUCCUGGUCGAGCGCGGACGAAUACGUGCCCGCCGACACGCCGCCGUCGAAACGGUCAUCGAUGAGCUGUUGCGACAGCGUCGACUUGUUGCCGCCGCCCGGGCCCAUCGCCGGCACCGACUUCACGCGAGACUUUUACCGGCUGGUCAAGUUCGAGAGUUCCAAGAGCUUGGCGUCCACAUCGUCGAGGAGCGUGACUGGCUGCUGCGAACACCUGCGGCCCGCCGAUAUGGCCGUGCAAGAACGCGAACAGGCGCUGCAGAGCGUGUUGGACUUUAUCGCGGAACAGCAACAAUACUGUUUGACCAGACAGGCCGAAGACGUGGUCGAACCUACCCCAAAACCGGCCGGUCCUCCCGAACCGUCGGCCGCGGCCGUCAGCAACAGCUAUAGCGACAACCUGCUCAAUUCCAAAGACAGCGGACUAUGCGGCAGUGACGUCGAAAUCGAGUGUUUGCCCGAAGACGAACACUCGCCGGUCCGUUCGCAGUACCGGCCGUCGACUCUGUCCUCGCCGAUCGGCACGUCUUCGUCGUCUACCGCGGCACUGUUGCGCACCGUGCCCGAAGAGGACGAAGACUCGUCGGCCAAGUCAACGUCGCCACAGCCGUCUUCCGGCCGUCUCGAUUCCAGCAGCGUGUGCACCGGCGAAACCGUGCUGUGGCCGACGUCGUCCAAAGACUUCAUCGAACAACUCAACCGGAUGGUGGUCGGCGACACCGGCGGUCACCGUUCUUCCGGUUCGCCCGUCGAUGGCAUGACCGUGUCGCCCAUGUCCGCCGAACGGACGUCUCCGCUGCAAACCGACCUGGACGCCGCUUGCUGUUGUCCCACCGGUUGGGUGCACCUCGAGCGGGACAUCGAUUUCGCCGACCCCAAGGAAAGGGCCAAUCUGCUGGACGUGAUGUUGGCGUCCAGCCGGAGCUCGUCGAGCAGUACCAGCGCGCCGUCCAACAGCAGCGUGGACAGCAGUUCGUCCGGCAGCUGUAGCGAAGCGGACGACAGCAGUUCGGACAACGAGCGGACGACCGACGUCGGUGGCGGUCAUACGUGCGUCGCGACCAGAGCGGCGGCGGUGGCCGUCGACGGUGCUAACGUCGAGUCGUACAACCAAUUGCACAGGCUGCACCGCGUUCGCAGACAGAAAAAAGCUUCGGCGAUCCGGGACGGUUUCGGCGUGAUCCGGUGUCCGACCGCCGGCCUCAGGCAGUCCAUCGUGGGCCGCAGCGACUUCUUCGUCCGGUUCGGCGACAAGGAACGCGAGGCCAUCGCCAACUUCGACUUCCUCGAGGAACUGUCCACCACUUCGCUGAGCACCGAUUCCGGCGACCCGCCAGCCGCCGUCAAGCAAAACGGCUCGCUCCACCGCCGGUUUUCCGGCUUGUCCUUGAGCGACUCUUGCGGCGACUCCGAAUGAACGUCCUCGACGCUUGACCCUCCUCCCUCCCUCCCGAUUUAUCUGUAUCGUUUACUACAGUGUGUCUUAUUAGGAUUUACACACCAAGAAAUCCUUUAAGAAACUAAACAAAUUGUAUUAUUAUUUUUUACAAAAUGAUACGCUAUUACAAUAUAUUAUUAUUAUAUAUAAUAUAAAGGUGUAAAUUUAUUUUAAAUAAUAUAUUAUUGCAAUUAUUAUUACUAUUACUAUUGUCGUGUACAGUAUAUUAUAUUGUUUUUUUUUUUUUUUAAGCGCUCCUAGGUUACCUGUUGUCAACGUUCAUCGUUGUACUUACCGAUGAUAUUUUAUUUGUUUUUAAAUUAUUUUGUUUGUGUGAUAUUAACACGAAAUAAAAUUUUAUAUAUCCGUAGGGUAAAAUACAAUAUUAUAAUUUUUAAACAGAAUAAUUGAUUUUAACACCUCGGCUUACUCGCGGUGGUAGUCUGUGCUUGUACCUAAAAAAAAAAAAAAUGUUUUUUUUUCUUUUUUAGAAUUAAGUAUUUAGACUCGAUAUGUAAACUUAUGACAUGUUUUCUUUUUGUACAAAAUAAAACCGUUUGAUUUAUGUUUAA